AGCCGUAAACCCUUAGAAGUUAGAAGAACCGAUGACGACGUUUGCGAUGCUUCCUAAUGAUAUGGUACUAAACUGCCUAGCCAGAAUUUCUAGAUUGUAUUACCCAACUAUAUCCAUUGUUUCCAAAAGAUUCCGCUCUCUCCUUGCUUCAAUAGAACUUUAUCAAACUCGAGAUCUCUUGUGCCGCACAGAGACUUGUCUUUAUGUAUGCUUAGAACUCCCUACUUAUUAUCGCCGUCAUUGGUUCACUCUUUGCGGGAGGUCAAAUAGUUCUAAGAAAGUAUUGGUUCCGAUUACCUCUCCCAAUUCUCCUUCUAUGUACCAGUCGGAUUUUGCAAGGGUUGGUUCUAAAAUUUAUGCUAUUGGCGGGAAUGUAGACAGUGAUAAUGCAUCUCCACGUGUCAUGGUCAUGGACUGUCGUUCUCACACUUGGAGCGAUGCCCCAAGCAUGUUGGUCGCACGCGAGACCCCUUCUGUUUGCGUCCUUGAUGGAAAAAUAUAUGUAAUGGGAGGCUGCAAGAAUCUUGAUGCAACUAACUGGAUGGAGGUAUUCGAUACAAAGACUCAAACUUGGGAGUUUGUGCCGUCGAGUCUAGACGAGAAAUUCUGCAGCCGUUUCAGGUAUCAAAGCUUUGCACAUGAUGGAAAUGUCUACAUGAACCCUAUUGGGACAUCUGACGUUUACAAGAUGACAAACAAAGGAAGAUGGAGAGCGGGAGACUUAGCUUUGGCUCAAGGAUGGAUUUGCUUAUCACCUUAUUGUGUGAUAGAAAACGUAUUGUAUAGUUAUCUCUACGGGAGGAUUAGAUGGUACGACUUCCAGAAAAAAUGUUGGAAAGAAUUGGAGGGUCUGGAAAAUUUGUUUAGUUUCCCUCGUAAAGCUACUAAAUUGGCGGAUUAUGGUGGAAAGUUGGCGCUUUUGUGGGAUGACAAUGCGUGUGGACAGUCUGGUCCUCCAUACAUUGAUGCAAGGACACUCGAUGAGUGCCAACCCAAUACAAAUAUUUUUUGUGCGGAAAUUGCGCUUGAAAAACGCCAAGGAGGGACGAUUUGGGGGACACUUGAGUGUUUUGAUGUUGUUUCUACAACCAAUGAACCGUAUAUAGUAGGGCAUGUUGUUGCUGCUACACUCUGAAGAACAUGAGUCACGACCAUUUGAAACGUUAAAUCAUUCACCGGAA